AUGUCAGAUCUUUAUCACAAGUUGGGGCCACAGGGAAGAAGCUUGCUAAAUAACCCAGGAAGAAACCCAUCACUGGGGGUGGCAUAUCAAUCUCGUUCGGAUACUUCUACAUAUACACCACAGGAGUUAGACUAUGUCAUUCAUACUUUGCGUUACCCCAAACCAGAAUUGACCAUCAACCAAGUGUUGGGCUACUUGUACAAUUACAUUCCAUAUAUUAAGCAUGAGCAGAAUUUGGGUUUGGUAUUUAGCAGUUUUUUGAACAGUACCACUUGUUUUGGUGGUGAAGGGUACCCCACGGCUUCUUUUGAAGAAAUGUAUCCAAUCAUCGAGGUGUUCAAGUUGAUAUUCGAUAAGAAACUAAAGAUAUCACAGCCCACUUUAUCAUUGAAACUGUUUUAUUCAAGGAUUGGGAGUGAAAUUGAAAACUUUGUUGCAUUUAACCCAAUUGCCAAUAGUUGGAAAGUACUCCCCGUAAUAUGUGGUAUAUCUCUUUCUAAUACUCUUAGAGAUGAGUUGUAUAGUAGCUCCAACUUUAUCAAGUAUCGCUGGUUUUUCCAAGAAUGGAGCUCAAAGAUGAAACGUAUUUUUAUAAACUGUUUGCAAUAUAGUUUAUCUAAUACCUAUACUAAGGACAUUAUAUUUUUGAGCGUGACUAGUUUGGCGUUGGUCUUUAAAAAGGAAGAGAAUGUCAAACUUUACACAAACAAAAUUGGCAACACGUUCAUGGUUGAUGCUCUUGUCGAUAUGAUGUUUUUAAACCAGCAAGUUUCGACAAUAGUUUAUCAGAAGUUUUUUCAUUUAAACCCCCAAGACCCAGAUUUGGAGAACAAUAUCCAAAUCGAAAUCAUGCAAAAACCAGUUAUCAAACAUUUGAAUAGGUUUUCAUUUCUCUUGGCGGCAUACUUGAGUCAUUUGAAAUAUGAUGAACAGAUGGAAACUUUGAUUGACUCCUUGUUACUGCGAGUAACUCAAUUCAAUAAAGAGUUGUCACAAUUGUGUACGCUGUCGGUUUUCAAUACCUUCACUUCUGUGAAGAACAGCAAUUCUUUGUUUCAACUGUUUUGGUAUUUUAUGAAAAAUCUAUUAUUUUCCGAGAUUAUUAUAUUUCAAGGUUUGUUCACGAGGUUCCUUACGGGGAAUAACAAAUCGCAUAUGAUUUGGUUUAAUCACCGAGAUUUAGCAAUAAUUGAUAAAGAGUAUAGAGGCAUAGCUUUGAAAGUAUUGCCUAACCUAUACUACUUAAACUUUAUUUUACUUUCUAUUGGGCAAGGUGGGUUUGAUACGUACAAUUUUGUUUACUAUCUCAGCAUUGAAUUGAGCUUGAGCACUGGUAGCUACUUUGAACACUUGACAAUGAAUUUAAUAGGAGACUAUAAAGAAGUCAACAUGUACCCAGAUGUUUUGAACAAUGAUUAUAUUAUGCAAGCUAAAGUUUUGUUUGUUCUUGGACUAUGGGAGAAUUAUCUCCAACUGAAGAACAUACAUAAUGAAUUGUUUGCAAAAGAAAUUUAUAACAUAGCAAAAAGUUUGGCAAACGAUCGCCAAUAUCAAAAUGACGACUUAAUUGAAGCGAGCCAUUCUGUUCUCUUGUUUUAUUUCGCCAAUAGCAAGAACGCCAAUCUCAGCGAUUGCAUAGAGUACGUUAACUUACUCAUUCAACAAUUCCCCAAGAGAAUUUCGGCUACUCAAUUGUGCAUAGCUAUUGAAACCAUUGGCAAGAAAAUUCUUUCAAACCCUCACCAGCCUUCAACUCCAGGCUCAAAAUUUUCAAACUCGGCAGAAGAAUUUUUCAUCUUUCUUGCUGAUAAAUGUAAACCAAUACAACCAGGGAUUCGUAUCGGGACACCUGAGGAAAACCCAAAUUUUGCCUCGGCACAACCCAUUGCAGAAGUUGAAGCCAAUUCGACGUUAAACACUUUAGAGCAAGACAAACGGUUGGAUAACGACAUUAUACACGACAACAAAGCCAAGAAGCCAAAAGAUAAAGUUGUACGAGAUUUGUUUCCCAAGUUCAAAAAAGAUUACAAUUAUGGACAGAGACUACUUCCUGAAACUGCCAGAGAAGCUGCAGUGCUAGCAUUAAUUAACUUGGUGCCAUACUUCCCAGUUUCCAGAUUUACUCCAUGGGUGGAGGUUAUAUGGAGCUUGAUUGUCAAAAGCAAUGAUGUGGAAAGAGAUUAUCUUGUAGGAAUGUUAUGGAAAGUGUUCAGUGAUAGCUUGGAUUUAAAUCGUGUGGAGUUAGCGAUGAAAUGGUGGUAUGAGGAUAAGCAAAUUCCUGAAAAAAUGCAACAAUCGCAAAUAGCACAUGCAAGGUUGUGA